UGGUCAAGUCUAUCACACGUCCAAAAUAAAAAUAACUCACCAUUAAAACAAUUCUUAAGAAAUGAAAGUCCUUCAUAAAAUGGUAAUUAGUAUCAAGUAUCAACGUUAGUCUCUAUAGAUAAGAUAAGUGUAUUGAUAAAUUCGAAAAAUUUACACCAUUUUGUGAAUGACGUGAUGUUAUGUGCAUUUAAAUAAGAGUAAAUUUCAUUAUUUAAGACUUAAUUUUUUUUUAUACUUAAACAUGCGUGAAAUCGUGCACAUACAAGCUGGCCAGUGUGGAAAUCAAAUCGGUUCCAAGUUCUGGGAGAUCAUAUCUGAUGAACAUGGAAUAGAUGAAACUGGCAUUUACAAAGGUGUGAGUCCAUUACAAAAGGAGAGGCUCAAUGUUUACUACAAUGAGGCUUCUGGGGGAAAAUACGUCCCUCGAGCUGUCCUCGUGGACCUUGAACCAGGGACCAUGGACUCAGUGCGGUCCGGCCCAUAUGGACAACUGUUCAGACCAGACAAUUUCGUGUUCGGACAAAGUGGGGCAGGAAACAACUGGGCUAAGGGUCACUACACAGAGGGCGCGGAGCUAGUUGAUGCUGUUCUUGAUGUUAUCAGAAAAGAAGCAGAGGGAUGCGAUUGUUUACAAGGUUUCCAACUCACGCAUUCCCUGGGCGGUGGAACUGGUUCAGGGAUGGGUACGCUCCUCCUUAGCAAGAUAAGGGAGGAAUAUCCUGAUCGCAUCAUGAACACCUUUAGCGUGGUCCCGUCACCCAAGGUCAGCGAAGUAGUCCUGGAGCCGUACAACGCGACGCUCUCCGUCCACCAGCUCGUGGAAAACACAGAUAUGUCAUUCUGCAUCGACAACGAAGCUCUAUAUAAUAUUUGCUUUAGGACACUACGUCUGAGCAGUCCAGGGUAUGGAGACUUGAACCAUCUGAUAUCCCUCACAAUGUCGGGAGUGACCACGUGUCUCCGUUUCCCGGGACAGUUGAACGCAGAUUUAAGGAAGUUGGCCGUUAAUAUGGUCCCGUUUCCGAGAUUGCACUUCUUCAUGCCCGGCUUUGCACCUCUGACCGCGAAGAACUCCUUCAGCUUCCGCGCGCAGUCAGUCCCUGAACUAAUGACACAGAUGUUCAACCCUGGCAACAUGAUGACUGCUUGUGAUCCUCGCCACGGUAGAUAUCUGACGGUCGCCACCAUGUUCAGAGGUCACAUGUCCAUGAAGGAAGUAGACGAUCAGGUAUUGGCGAUACAGAAUAAGAAUUCGAGCUAUUUCGUGGAAUGGAUCCCGAAUAAUCUGAAGGUUUCCGUGUGUGACGUCCCGCCGAGAGGUCUCAAAAUGUCCGCUACCUUUAUCGGUAACUCGACAGCCAUACAGGAGAUAUUCAAACGGAUAUCUGAACAAUUCACAGCCAUGUUCAAGAGGCGGGCUUUCCUUCACUGGUACACGGGCGAGGGUAUGGAUGAAAUGGAGUUCACGGAAGCCGCCAGCAACAUGAGUGACUUAAUAUCAGAAUAUCAGCAGUAUCAGGACGCUAAUGUAGAUGACGAAGAAGUCGGCUUCGAUGAAGAAGAAGAAGAAGAGGAAGAUCCGAAUUUCACGGACACGAAAGAAAUCAUUAAUGUUGGUCAAAUGUAAAUAUUAAAUAAAUUACAGUUCAUUAAAAAAAUA